AUGCCGCCUCUCGUAGUGAUCCGCAGCGGCUGUAAGCACGUCGAAUAUCUUGAGAACCGAAGUACGUGGCGCCACGCGCCGCGGCUGGAGCUUUUAAUUUUUGGGUUCUCGAGGGAGAUGUGUGAUGUGGAAGGAAUGCAUGCAUUUCGUUGCGCAGACUGCGGCAACGUGGUGGCUGACCGCGACGAUGUCGUAUCGAAAACCUUCUUCGGCCGCACUGGCAAGGCGUUCCUCAUGAAUAAUAUGUAUAACAUUUGUGUCGGUCCAGCUCGCAACCGCUAUCUAAUGACGGGAAUGCACAGCAUCGCAGACGUGUUGUGCAGCCAGUGUGAUUUUGUACUGGGCUGGAAAUAUAUUAAAGCCAUGGAGAGUUCUCAGAAGUACAAAGAAGGCAAGUUCAUUAUGGAGCAGGCUGUGGUCGAGGACGACUCGGAAGAGCAUGCUUGGAAUCGGCUGUAA